AUGAACACGACGCCGUGGAAGUUGGGCAUCGUCUGCAAGUCAUGGAGGGACAUUUUUUGGUCAACUCCACAACUCUGGACAUCGGUUACUAUCAACACAUCCCGUGUGUCGGAGCAGGGAUACACAGAGUUUGUUCAACGAUGGCUCUUCCGUUCGGGAGGGCUUCCUCUCUUCCUCACACUUGGGGAAGGCGAUUAUCCCCGCCAGCGCUACAUUCCAGAAGAAUCAGCCGUAGAGACGGCGCUUUACGCGAUCCUCAACGAAUCCUCUCCGCGGUGGAGCCGUUUGAAUGUCUGCGUUUCCGACCAACAGCUCAAGUACCUCUCCAAGUUUCCCAGCUGCCUUCCUUCGCUGCUGGAUCUACACUUCAAACGCUUUUCGAGAUCCAAGAAGGCUCUGGUCUUUGGCGGGCAUAUGAAACCUAGCCCUUCAAAAAUCGCCAUUCGCGGGGUGAAGUUCCAGGAUAUUGGGAUCGCAUGGGACCACGUCACCCAUGUCGAGGCCGCCAAGUUCCAGGUUGCAGACUGUUUGGAAACCUUCCGCCAAGCUAAGCAAAUGACCCAUUUCACGGUCCACUCCUUUCGCAAUGCGGACCCAUCGUCAGAGCUGUUUCCUGAAGCGAUCGUCCAUCAACGCCUUCAAGUUCUCAACAUCCGGACGAAGUACGAUGCCCAAAACGGGCUACUCGACAGUCUCACACUUCCUUCACUCCAAGACCUCUGUUGUUCUGGCCAGAUUACGAAAGCAUCCCUUAUCACACGUUCAGGAUGCAAGAUCACACGACUAGACCUCCGCAAGUCGUUCAGUCAGCCAACCGACUUCGAGAUUCAGCUCCUUGAUCUUUUAGAGAGGCUCCCUUCGGUAACCCAUUUGACACUCGACUACCCCGCUAUAUCCAAUGCAUUCUUCGAACGACUCAGUUCUUCCACCGCCCCAAGCGCAGGUGUCGAAGCAGGAAAAAUGGUCGAAUUCCUCCCGGAUCUCUGCUCGUUCCAUAUGUGUUGUACGCUCCGCUUUCAGUGGGAGUGUUUGGCCGACAUCUUGCCCUCACAUCCUGGGCUAUUCGAACUCACAUCUGAAAACCCGCGUCGUGCCCUACAAUCACUCCGCCUUCAGAUUGUUCAAGAGGAUGAAACGGAUUCGGAUGAUGACUCUACCUGGCGCUUCCGAUCGAUACCUGACCAUGUAAUAAUGCGGCUUCUGGAGGUACGUGCGGGAGGGUUAGAGAUAUCAAUUAUGAAUGACUGUAGGCGUGACCUGCUCCGAAUCUCUACGCACUCGAAUCAAGCGAAUGUUGGCUAG